AUGGGUAUGUCCUGUAUGGCACAUUUACUGGUACAUCUCCAUGUUGAUUCUUUCUGCUCCUCCUCUACGGUUAUGGUUUUCUCUAUAGUUUUAAAAAUUGUUUGAUUAAUCCAAAUUUGUCGCUAUGGUUUCAAGACCAUUAAAGUACUUUGGAUCGCUCCUUCACCUUGUCAGUACUCCUUUACGCUCCUUCCGCCCUGCCUCAGUUAACUCGAAGAUACAUGUCUUCGACUUUCAUUCAUCAUCGCCCAGACAGAAUGAGGAAAAAAAGGAGUCAUUGCCUGCGAAUCAAUCUUCAUCAGUUCAAAGCAGUCCCUCCAAUGUAACAGCGGAAGAAUCUUCACCGAUGGAUGAAUUUUUUGAACCAAAAGAAAACUGGGCUAAGGGUGAUAUAACUGUCGGUCGGUCAUGGCGGAAAGAUGAUCUCCGUCUUAAGAGUAACACUGAUUUGCAUAAGUUGUGGUAUGUUCUACUAAAAGAACGCAACAUGCUACUUACUAUGGCUGACAUCUAUCAGUUUAAUAUUCUCCCAGGUCCAGAGCGGAUAUACAAGGUUGAGGAGAGUAUGAAGAAUCUUGAAGAUGUUGUUCGUGAGAGAAAUAGAGCAUACUUUGAGCUUGAAACGGGUGAGACUGGGGAAAGAAGGUGCAAAUAUGAGUUGACUCGAAUAGGUCUUUGGAGGCUGCACAAAAUGCAACAGCACACAAUACCAAAAAGAUUAAAUAAAAAAUGGCUUGAGAAGUAUCCUCAAUUCAUUGAAGAUGAGCAAGUUGAUCAGUUUCUUACACUUUAUAGAGAGAAACUUCUCAACAAAAAGAAGCGUGCCAAAGUUGGAGACAGGAAACAUGUUGAGGAGCUACUAAAGAGAUUUCCCAAUGUUGAUCGGAAAUUGUUGCAAGAAAAGUACCCUGAACUGGACAUAGAAAAGAUAAGUCAAACUCGGGCAGCUCACGGCCCUCAUCCCAGGUAAUCGUGAGCCCAUUCAUAUUUCAUAUUUCUGUCAAACUUGUAUAAUGUAUUUUCAAAUAAAUUGCUUUGGUGAAACUUA